AUGCGGGAAGAGAACGAAUCGAAGACAAGAAAGCAGUUAGAGAUGACCACAUCAGGCUUAAAGGUGGGUGGUUCCCCAAAUUUAAUCAUUGAGAAUUGUCGCAUUGCGGGAAAAACAAGAAUCUCUUAGGCUCGAAUUUGCUGCUUUCUUAGUUUCCAUCGCAGUCCUCUCCUCUGAGCUAAUAGCCGAGACGCGUACAAAUUGAAUAAGGCCAUCCGUGUGGCGCAUCCAUCAUUUUCACAUUGCCCAGGAUGGACUGUGUCCCGCAACAUUUUGCAUCAACAUUGUUUGAAUUUCUCCUGGAUAUUACGUUCGCCCUUUACAAUUUUUUCCUGUAUUUUUGGUUUCGGGGUGAGGGUUGGGGGGGAGGGGGUGAACAUGGUACAUUAUUGGCGAUGAGAAAAUGUGGAAUAGAGAAUUAACAUAUCUGAAACCAAUCGCUAUAAAACGCAGGAGGCUUCACGUAUAUGAAUUACCCAUCUCUUCAUAACUGUACCUGAUUUGGUUAAAACUACCCUUUUUAUCAUUGAGGGCACUCUGCACGAGUAUAUCAAUUUUUUAGCCACUUGAAAAACUGCGUGCAUUUCAAUUGACGUUGGCGUUUACUGUUGCUUUAUCAGGCUGAUGUUGCUAAAAUGCGCGCGGGUUUGCAUGAGAGCCAAACACAAAAAGAAACUUUUGAUGCUGAAGCCAAGAGGUACAAGGUAAGGUUUACUGAUAAUGCUGCUGUCCAUUCACGCACAUUUAAUGAGGUAUUGUCUGCCUAAUCCAUUUUGCCUUUUACGGUAUGAUUUUUAAACUUAAAAUGUACAUAAGCCUUUUCUUUCAAGUGGCCGGCGGCAAUGCAUAUUAAUUGACGAAAAAGAAAGUUUUUACUUUUAAAAAAGGUUCAACUACCGCAGGACUGCUGGGACACCAACUUGGCCGCCGUUUUAUGCUUUUUGGAACACCAAUAUGGCUGGAGUGACGUCAUGUGAAACCGCUCUAUAUAAAGAAUAAACUAAAGCGUAUGUUUCGCGAUUUUUAGGAUUUGUACCAGAGUGAAUUAAAAUCUAAAGAAAAACUCGCCAACCGCUUGUAUAAAGCAAAUGAGAAGAUGGCGGAGUCUCAAGCCUUGCUCAAGUGAGUUGUUACAUGAUGUUCUUUACUUCACCCUCCUGGAAAAAUUAGUGCAGUGUGUUUAUGCUAGAGUUGAUGUAAAAAUUACAUGAUUAUAUGACAGUAGAAGCGCUCAUGUUGUUUCAGUUGCCCGUUUAUCGAAAUUCCCGGUAAUUCGGGGGCCCGAAACCAAAUAUUAGUAUGUGUAAUCAAAUGGUGACGAGUGAAAUUAGGGAAUAAUUUCCUGAGCCUUUGGGCGAGGGAGAUUAUUAGGAUUUGGACAAAACGCAAAUGAAAGUAUUCCCUAAUUUCACGAGUAUACCAUUUGGUUACCUAUUAAUAGCAGAACUCUCGCGCGCGAAGCGCGCCAGCCGAGCACCAUGGGUAAGAAAAUUUGGUAAACUAUCCAUCCGAGAAAAUUUGGUUAUGACGUAGCAUACGCCCGCCCGCCCACCCGUACACACACUUCAUGUAAGCCGAUGUCAAGUGUCACACUUGUCAGGAGCGAGAAAUAAAUUACACCGGAGACUAAUUUCGUUGGAAGAAAAACGUGAAAAUUAUAUAGCGGCGGUUAGCAAACGAGAAAUGCUAGCGGCUACUAAUGUGAAAAAGGAGCGGCAGUGAAAAAGCAUAGUGAACAGGAACACAAACAUUUCCUCCAUAAAACGCGUAAAUAGGAAGCUAAAAGAAGUUUCAUGUUUCAUGAAAUGUACAAAAAAACUGCUGCACGUGCAGAGUUGUUUUUUUGCUAAGUAGAUCUAUUGCUGUUUUUUUUACCGUUCUCGUUGCUUUCAACUUGUCUUUAGUAUUACUCGAUUAUAUAUUUUCUUUGAGUAAUCUAUAAAUAUUAAAGAGAGCUUCGCUUUUAGCCCUGGUUAAAUCUAUAUAUUAUCAUGGGUGACGAAUUUACGUUAGCAAUCUUGGAUUUUUGACAUGUUUAUCCUGGAUCGUAUCGAUCGAGAACUCCACUCUCUCAAAUGUUUAGAUCUUAAAUUUGGCGUAUAAAGUUUGAAAUUUUUUAGACUUUUUCGGAAAAAUACCUGUUUAUAGUCCUUCUUGAUGUUCUCUUGUGUGUUUAGGUUUUCUAAAGCGUCCUUUCGUGCCCUGACAUCUUCAUGGGCAUUUUAAAACUUCGUCGCCAUCUUGACACUGAGACGAACGGAAGUUGCCAUGGCAAUUUUGUAAUUUCACAUGUCGAAUUACAAAUUAACGCUGAAAUUUCGCGCCAAAAUUAAGGAGUAAUUCGUCACCUAUGAUAUUAAAAGUAAAAUCUUAUUGAUAAAAGCGCGGAACUUCAUUUCACAAACCGGUCCAUUUUGUUUUGGUAACUGAUAGUCUUAUCAUGUUAUCUCCAAAACGUUUGGCACCUCGAUCUUGAAUGUAAACAUGUAAUCAAAACAGGUUUACGAGGCCGGUAAUCACCAGGCCCCGGUCGCUCAAUAGUUAGGUAACGCUUUCCACCGGAUAAAUCGCUAUCCAGGGGAUACGAAAACCACCUCUUGAACAACCGGGACAAGGACGUUCGAGAAACGAGCCCCGGGUCCACCUAGUGGCGGGUUAAAGCGGCACUUGAACCCAGUCUCCCCGGGUUACAAGUCUGUCGCCUGGAUCACUCAGGCACGCUGCCUGGGCAGCACUAUUUUAAAGUCAAUUUAUUUAUUUAUUUGCCACACACGUGUAAAAAUACAAAUAAUAUAAGAUAAGUAGAAAAAAGGAGUAGUGGCGAGGAGACCUAAUAGAAACUAUAGGAGCUUAUGAGAGAUUAGGCGUGCUCCAUCCGCGGUCUGUAGCUGUUUACAUCAAGUGAAGCAAGACAUGGCGUUAAGUCCAAUGUGGAAAAGAUAUGAUUGUUUUUCAUAUGCACUUAUUAAUUUCAUAAAUGAGGAAAGGGAUUGAAAGUUGAUGCCUUUGUUGUCAAGUGAAUUAAAAAACUUGGGUCCUUGAGAAACUGAAAACUUCUUAGUGUUUUUUCGACAAUAGGGUAGACAGUAGGCCUGGGAUUCUAGUAUUGUAAGAAGGGAAUUGGUUGCUUUGGGAGAACUUGUGAUAAGGUCGCUUCUGUAGAUUAACUCUUGCAUUGUUGUGUUCGUAGUCUCGAAAGAUCGCGGAGGAAUUUUGAGGGUUUUCAACGUGGUCCCUCUCCGCAGCCCUUGAUAUCAGACUCUCUGGGCGGUCUAUAUGGCUCACCUGACGUCAGUCCCGAUAGAAUGCACUCAAAGGUAAUGAAAAGUGUUUGUAGUUACACACGCUAGGAUUACAGCGUUAUGUCACAGUAUUUUUUUGUAUGACGAACAAAAUAUUGCGCGCGAACAAGAACUUAUUACAACUCUUGCAGCUCUUGUUUGAAUAGCGUUUUACUUUGAGAGAGGCUUCUAUAGAAUGCUGAAUACUCCUGAGUAAAUAAUCAUCUGAUUGAUUGAUUGAUUGAUUUUUCUAGGGAGACGGGCAGUUAAUGAAGGCUGUAGAAAAUGAACUUAACAAAAGUAUAAAGCGACAUUUGGAGAGCGGUAAGUACAACCUCAUUAGUAAAACUGAGAAAACAAAGUCAAAUAUGGCUAGCCCAUGAGUGGCUGUCGGUCAGUGCAGACAAGUGAAAAUGCUGGCGAGCAGCGAAAAAUGAGGCGAGCGAAAAAUCAGCGGGAAGAGAGAAGAGGAUAGUAUGGAAGCAUUUUUUUGAAUACCUCCGUCCGCCCACUUCCAGAAAAACUGUUACUCUUUUAAGUGACAAAUGUCGAAAUGUGCGGUGUAGGAGGGUUUCACACGCUCGUUAUGUUUGUUCAACACUGCGCUCGCAAAGCCAAGUGAUUGAUGUUAGUGUUAACCUAAACCGUGACAAAACUGACCAUAACAGGUAUUCCAAGAGCUGGUAUACCGGAAUGACAGACUGGCAGACGGGUAUUCUCACGCGAUGUGAUAAGGCGUUGUUUUUAAGAAUGUACUUUGAUGUUUCUGAAUUUCUUUUCGCAGCUCCCAUUACAUCCGACCUCGAUCUCAAGCCGAGUCUGCUAAGUGAUAGGGACAGCGUAUCGUAUGAUCCUCUUUCCGCCUCCUCUAAACAGUAUAUGUCCCUUUUAAGGAAAAACUACUUUGUAUAG